UUCGAUCGCGCCGCUUGUGCCGGUGUUUAAGUUGUUAAAAUGAACUUUAUUUCCGCGUCGAUAUGGACGCUGGAGAACCACUGUUUUAUUGUGUACACGAUGUUGUUGGUUUCUUUCGUGGUGUUUACUUUGUUUCAUAAGAAGAGGGUUGAGGCUCAGGCGGUGCGGCAUAAUGCCAAAAGAUUGGCGCUAAAUGGAGCAGGGACCGGGAGAGAGCGCGAACGCGACUUUCCCGAGGACGACCCGGACCCGAUUCUAACUUCAGCCAUUCCUGAAGACACACCCCACGUCCCGUACAAGCCGGUACACCGCUCUGAUGACGAGAUCCUGCAGCGGUCUAGGGAGUAUUACGAGCUGAUGGCUCAGCGGCGGUCGGUGAGGAUGUUCAGCACAGAGCCAGUUCCACAGGAGGUUCUUGAGAACAUCAUUAAGACUGCAGGCACCUCCCCAUCAGGAGCCCACACCGAACCCUGGACAUUCGUGGUCGUCCAAGACCCAGAAAUGAAGGAAGCCAUCCGCGAAAUCGUAGAAGAAGAAGAAGACCUCAACUACCGACAGAGGAUGUCCAAGCAAUGGACGACAGACUUGAUGCCUUUCCGGACGAAGGCUGAAAAGCCAUAUUUGUCUGAUGCACCUGCGUUGCUGCUGGUAUUUCGGCAGACGCACUCUUGGAAAGAAGAUAAUACCAAGAGGAUGCAUUAUUAUAGUGAGAUCAGUGUGGCGAUAGCUGCUGGGAUUCUACUGGCUGCGAUACAGUACUGCGGCCUGGUAGCCCUGACGUCCACACCCUUAAACUGCAACGCGCGUCUGAAAGCACUACUGUGCAGGCCGGGCAACGAGCGUCUGGAACUUCUGCUGCCAGUUGGCAGGCCUCAUGAGGACGCCACUGUGCCGGACCUGCAGCGGAAGACCCUGGAACAGAUUAUGGUUAAGAUCUGACUAGCCAUCAACUCUUUAAAGGCAAAAAAGGCUUAAAGAAACCCAUGGUACCGAGAUUUCUUGUUUCUAACCCUUCCAGGUCCAGAUUGUAAGAAAUCAAUUCAAGGCUCAUAAUUGUAGCUACCGUUAAUAGUAGUUAGCUAAAGUAAAAACCAAUAUUAUCAGACCAAAAUACACGAUUUAAUGCCAAGAACCUUUGAAAGAGUCACAUAGCGCCAAGAACUCUUAGCAUAAACUUAAACUAUCAAUAACCAUCAUGUUCUUAAAGCAUUUGUAUUUGCCACUUUGGUCUUACGGUGUAGGUACGAGUAUGAUAUGACCAAUAGUGACAAAUAGUGGUCAAGAUUAAUUUAAGAAUCUCUACGAAUUUUGUAGAAUAAGUGCAUACCUUUAAUUUCACUGAAAGUACCUUUUAAGAAGAAAUUCCACAGAUGAGAUAGUGUCAUGUUGUCCACUGCACCUAAUGUGUAAGGUGUAAGGUAUUUAUAUCCGGGUAAGGCCGGAUAGUUUAGGGGAUCUACAUUCAAAGUUGAAUUACAUUUUUUCACGACGCUAAACCAAAAAACCUUCUUCCUGGACUUAGAUCGGACUUAAUGCUAAGGUUUUUUAAAGGUUCGUAACAUACGACUGAGUGGUUAACUACAAUGUGGCUAGUGGGGAGGGAUGAAAUAGCGUCACACAUCGUAUUGCUAGUAAUGCAGAAUAACUACAAUUUCAAAAGCAAUUGCGAUCUUACGACCCUACAUCUACAUCCGAUCUUACCCGGGUAUACCUUAUAGCUUUUCGAUCGUGAAUGAGAUGUUAAUCAAUUUGUUUUACUGUCGCUGGUGACAAUAAUUAUUUACGAUACAAGUGCGAAAAAGAGGAAAUCCGAAGCGAUAAAUUAAAACACGACCGAAGGGAGUGUUUUAAAUCGACACGAGUUGCGAAUUACCUAUUCGCACGUGUAACGUACAACGUUUUACAGUACAUAUGGCCCUUUAAACUUUUGACAUACACACGAAAAGUGCUAUUUUACGCACUAGUGCGGGAAACAUUAUCAAACUGCACAACGGGACUUAAUCGCGUAUUUAAGUUUUAAGAUCAUUGAAAUCAAAAAACAUUGCAAUUUUAAUCGGGACGAGGGUUUUAAGAUCUCAUCCACAUGGAAUCCAGUCAUUAGUAAAUGUAAGCGGAAACGAAUAUCGACAGUCGAUAAAUCGAAUAUCGUUAGUGUUGUGUGUCGACAGAGUGACAUCCCUAGUGCGCAAAACGUUCAAACUGAUAAACAA